CAUGAUUAAGAAAAGAAGGGUGAGAACCUAUAGCCUAGGGUUUCGCUCGUUUUAAGCUCUGAACCUAUUCUAGGGUUUGUAAAAUACAUCCGCCAUGAAACAUCUGAAGCUAUUUUCAACCACAACCAGACAUGAAACACAAUCAUCAAACUCAGUAAGAGAAUACUCAUCAGACCAAAUCCCUGUUGAUCUACAUAUGGAGAUAUUCUCUCUUGUCCCGGCAAAGUCUAUAGCUAGGUUUCUCUGCGUAUCGAAAUUAUGGGCAUCAAUACUUCGUAGUCAUGAUUUCACUGAGUUAUUUCUGACCAAGUCUUUGACUCGUCCACGACUCUUUUUCACGGUAAAAUCUAAGGGCAAGUUGUUGUUCUGCUCUUCACCGCAGCCUCAUAAUCCAGACGACAAUUCUUCUCUUGUUGCCACUUCUUAUCACCCUACGUUGAUUCCUGAUUAUCAUCCAACUUAUAUCUGUAAACCGGUAUGUGGAUUAGUCUUGCUUCAGGGAUGUGGAACAAGAAAAGAGCGGCUGAUUUGUAACCCUGCCAAGGGAAAAGUCCGAACCUUACCUAGUAUACCUAGAAAUGGAAUAAACUCUCCCAAAGGAAUAUACUUAGGCUAUGACCCGCUGGGGAAACAGUUCAAGGUAUUGUGUUUGGGUAUGAGAACCUAUAGACGCAAUAAAACUCAUUGGACUUUGACAUUGGAGUCUGGAAAACUUUUGUGGAGAGAGCUCGAACCCAAAUUCAGUUUUAAGGCGAAUGGUGAUAUAUGCGGUGAUAUAUGCAUAAAUGGUGUUUUGUAUUUCGAGGGUACGUUGGAAGGGUCUUUUGUGAUAGUUUGCUUUGAUGUUAGGUCAGAGAAGUUCAGUUUUAUUAACAAAGAUGAAGACAUGUUACCAAAAGCUAAUGAUCAUCAUACUAGUCUUUCAACUUUGUUCAACUAUAAAGAUAAACUAGGUUUACAUCGUCGGUUUAAACAAAACCUUGUGUUGUGGGUUGUAGAAGAUUCUAUAAACCAUAAAUGGUCAAAGCAUAGCUAUGUAUUUUCUCUUUUGGGGUACAAUAUAGUCAGAGAUAAUAUGUUUGUUGGAAUGACUCGUACAGGUGAAGUUGUCUACUCGAUGGGCACUUGCGUUUUCUUCUACAAUAUAGAGAGGAAAACUUUUAAAAGAGUUGUUAUUCAGGGUCUGGAAGGGCUUGAGCAUCCUAUAAUUUGUCGCACCUUUGUGGACUAUGUGGAGAAUAUGAAGUUCAUGUAACUGUGUUCAAAAAGGCUUUCAUGUAUUUUACUUUAUACUUUAUAUAUGUCCGGAUUUCAAUUCUAUGAUAUGAUAUUAAGGUUGUUUGCAUUUAAACUUUGUGCUAUAAAUUAAGCACAUUGCUCUGUUUUUUGUCUCUUCUUUGCUGUCAUUUCCUCUCUCUCUCUCUUACACUUUAGGCUCGUUAUUGUUUGGUCGGAUUACAAAUGGACGUC